CAGUAUAAGCCCCUUUUAUGAAACGUUGUGCGUCCAAUGCAUGCAUCUUCACCGUUGAAAUCCAUAAAGCAGAUCAUUCAUGAGCAAAGCGGAAGGAGAAGAGCCUCCCCAUAGUGUCGACAAAUAAGUAUAUUCCACACCUCCCUAGAAAACAUCCUCAUCUCACCUCUCACUUGACACGACACCAACGAGAAAAGGCCGUACACGGGGCUCGUCAACUCACACACACACGGAGCAAAACAUCCAUCAUCGAUGUCGAUGUCUGUCCAUGAUCAUCCAGCAGGCAGGCCUUCGCGCCUUCCCACGCAACACACACAUAGAUACUUACCUACACACAACACUCACUCGCCCACGAUCAGUCACGCCUUCACGCCUUCUGACCAUUUUCCUUGCUUUUUCCCGGGCUCUCUCCCUCUCCCUGUCCACCGGUCUUAUCGUUCUCAUCAGCCGGCUCCACUGGGUCGCUCUCCUGCUGGGCUGCCUCAGCCUCAGCCUCAGCAGCAGCAGCAGCAGCAGGGUCGUCAAUCGUCACAGUUGUGCAGUCGAGGGAGUCGGGUGAGAGGGAGAGGCGAUAUAGCUUGUCGAGUAUGGCCACUCCCAGCGUCCCGGGGCCCUCGGCCACGUGCCGCGCCUCCCGUGCUGCCUGCUUGACGGCGGCGAGGGCCGUCACGGUGGCCAGGAAGGGGUCGCCUUUGCUCGACGUCAGAGCAGCUGCGCAGACGGCACCCACUGCGCACCCUGGAGUGCACACACAGACGCACAGACGCACAGACACACAGGCAGACAGAAACAUGGGUGAAGACGACACAAUCGCUGGCUGUCUUUGUGUUGAUGGUCCAUCUAGGUAGGCACCUGAUCCAGUGAUCUUGGUGAGCAUCUUGACGUCUUGGCUGACCCUGCCGACCCUCUGGCUGACACUCGGCUUGUCAGCCACAACGUCGACCCCUCCCGUGAUGGCCACCACACAGUCAUACUUGUCAGCCACGACCCUUGCGGCCUCGACGCUCUCCUCCGCCCCCUUCGGCGAGCUGUCGACGCCCUUGCCGCCUCCCGCCCUGCCGGCCAGUGUCAUGAUCUCGCUGGCGUUGCCUUUGAUGAGAUCGGGGCGGCCCUGCUCAAUGAGGUACUGGAUCUGGUCGGUCCGGUACUCGGUCGCCCCCACCGCCACAGGGUCUACGAUGAAGAAGGGCUGCGGCACGUCUGCUGACCGGCGGUAGUCUAUGACGGCGUCGAUGGCCUGGAUCUGGGACAUGUGCAGGCCCGUGUUGAAGUACAGGGCCUGCGCAAGACGCGCGAACUGCGGGAUCUGCACACGCAAGGAGGAGCACAGCCACAGGGGAUGGAAUGGAUACCGAUGGAUGGAACGGAUGUGAUGCAUCCAUGCCCUCGCCCACCCAUUUUCCACCCAUCCACGUGUGUGUCUGACCUCAUAAGGGUUCUCGACCAUUGCGGGCGAUGCGCCGCACGCGAGGAGGAAGUCAGCCACCCGCUGCACCGAUACCCUGUUGGUGAUGCAUUGGACGAGAGGAUUGGACUCCCGGAGGGCACGCCAAUAAACAGAGAGGGGAUGAGGCAUCGAUGCAUCAUACGCU